AUACAAACAUUUCUGUACAGUGAGGGGACCAUCCGUCCAUGUUAGGGCACCCACAGGGACACUGCCGGGAUUUAAAACACAGAGAGAGAUGGCGCAAACCGACAAAAGUUCAACUUUCCCUGAGAUAGUGGAGCUAAACGUGGGCGGGCAGGUGUACGUGACCCGACGUGAAACUCUCACCGCGGUCCCAAACUCUCUCCUGUGGACCAAGUUCACCCAGAGCGCCCCGGGAGACCUGCCCAAAGACAGCAAGGGCCGCUUCUUCUUCGACCGCGACGGCUUUCUGUUCCGAUACAUCCUGGAUUAUUUACGCGACUCUGAGCUCUUCCUGCCCGAGUUUUUCAAAGAGAGGAGGAGGCUGCAGAAAGAAGCGGACUUCUUCCAGCUGCCCGAGCUGUCGAGGCGCCUGGAGGCGGUCAGUAAAGACAGCUCCUCCGCGGAGGACAGCGGGGAGGCGGAGGAGGCUGAGCUCACCAGCCCGGUCACCUCCUCCUCGGACAGGACCCUGCGCUCUCCCGGGGCCGGCUCCGGCUUCAUCACCAUCGGGUACAGAGGCAGCUACACCAUCGGGAGGGACAUCCAGGCGGACGCGAAGUUCCGCAGGGUGGCCAGAAUAACCGUCUGCAGCAAGAUCUCUCUAGCUAAAGAGGUUUUUGGAGAGACCCUGAACGAGAGCCGCGACCCGGACCGACCGCCUGACAAAUACACCGCCAGGUACUACCUCAAGUAUAACUUUCUGGAGCAGGCGUUUGACCGGCUGGCCGAUGCCGGCUUCCACAUGGUGGCCUGCAGCUCCACCGGGACGUGCUCAUACGGCAGUAGUGACCCCGGGGAAGACAAACUGUGGACCAGCUACACCGAGUACGUUUUCUGCCGGUGAAAGCUGCAGGGGUGCGUUCACGGUCACGACUUGUUUCGACUAACACCAGGGACAGGCAUCACUUCAGUGGUUCCUACAGUCAUUAACAACCCAAAACUGGCAGAGUGAGCCGGUAGCACUUUCUCGUGUUUUUGGCCCUCCGUGGCUCUGUGCAGUGGGAUCAGCCAGAGUUGAACUUUUCUGCCAUUUUCUCCUCUGAUCUGCAAGAGGAGGACUUUUACUCCAAACUCAAACGUUCACCUCAUUGGUCAGACCAAAUUCUUUCAUUCAUUUAGUGGCUCUUUAGCUGGGUUAUUUUUAAGCCUUCUAACCUUUAUGGCUCUCACAAAGGCUGUUCUGUUCUGAAGCAGAAAUGUUAAGAGCUGGUUUCUUCUGAUCCUCGCUGAACUGUGCUUGCAUUGUCAUUUUAUUGUGGAAAGGCUUUUGAUGUUCUGAACAUAUUAACUAGGGCAUGUACUGUAAAUAUCCUGAUGGUCUGUUAUUUCCUUCUAACGCCCAAGUCUCUAAUUAGGAGGAUUGAUGGAUAAGAAAGACAGUCAGCUGCGUCUUUGGUAUGAUGCUUUUAUUGAUGCUUUUAUUGUUUUUCUUUUGUUUAAUUACAUUAUAUCGACCACUCAUACUGUAUCACACAACGGGACUUUUUCCACAAUGCUAUAUUGUUAUGUGCCAUCUAUGAGCUGUUGUCAUUGUUUUCUCCUUAAAUAUAAAGCUACAGCAAAUAAAGUGUGACACUGUAACACUA